AACCGGAAAUCAACUCCUCUAGCGGUGACGUGCUGAACUAUUAAAAACGUAAUGGUGGCUGCUUGAGUGAAGAAAUCAUUGCUGACAACAUAUUUGUAAAAUUUCUGAAAACCUUCAGAAACUAAUAAAAUUCAAUGCAAACUUGAAACUUUUAACAGGAUGAAUGGGUGUUUUAUUUGCAACAAAGUCACUCUAAGGAAUGUUGUAAGCAUAUUUGGGGAGUUACCUUUAAAGUCUGGCAAAAGCUUAGUAACCGUAAUUAGUGAAAUAAUAGAUAAAAAAAUCAUCAAAGGCUCUGUACACAGUGAGGUGUUGUGUAAGAAAUGUCAAAAGUUUUUAUUGGAAUAUGACUCACUACAAGUAAGAUCAAAAGUAAUAAAGUACGAACUUACAGAGAGUUUCAAAAAAUCAUUAACCAGUCACAGUCUCGAUUAUGACAGCUACAAUGAGGAAGUUCCAAAAAUCAACAUUCUGGCGAAAAAGCCUGAACCUAAAAAGAUAGUGUUGCCAGCUUCCAAGUUACAACCUCUGCCACCUGAUUUUGUCUUGAGUGGUGGGAAAUGGUCGAUGACAAACAGUAUCCCUGUGAUGCCUAAAAUUAAGAAUGUGAUGACUCUGCCAUCUUCGUCAACAUUAAAUCUCAAAGUCACAGUUGGCUCAUCAGUGCUGACCCAGAGCAUCAACACCAACACAAUAGCUAACAAAACCAAACUCACGCAAAACAUUAUACCAAAUAUGACCAUUGACCCAAAAUUGAUCAUGACCACGAAAGAGAGCACACAAAACGACCACAAAUACGCAUCCCCGACGAAAGAUGACCACAAAUAUUCGUCAGAUACAAGCGAUUCUAAAUUGUCGACUCAAGUUUCGCCGAGUAAACCAAACUCCGUUCUAACUUUCAAUGUUAAUUCGUUGCCAAAAGAUUUCCUUUCGUCCGCCAUUUUGAAAGUGGAUCCCGAUUUUGAUAGAUCUUCAAAUAAUGAAGCUAGUAAUGAUUUGGAGAAUAAUGACGAUCAGCCAAUGGAAAUUGAUGAAGAUUGUUCAAUGGCAGUUCUAUCGAAAAACCCUCAAGACAGAUUAAAGUUCCAGGGGAAUAUUCUAAAGGUGGAUAUAGAAGAAGAUAAAUCAGACUCGGAGUACUUGGAUAUGAAGCUCUUGGGAGAUGGCCAAGGACAGUACGUGCUGGGGAAACUGAUCCUGCAAGAGGAAGACGGAGACAACGACGGCGAUGCCGAGGAGCAUACAAUAGUGAUGGACGGGUCGGACGGUUCGAUAUUGCGCGUGGUUUCGGGACAGAAGCUGGUCUACGACGAGGACGGGAAAUUAACACUCGUGCCUAACGACUUGGACACCAAUGACAACGGCGACACUCAAGACUCCAACGACGAAUCUCAAAUAGAACUGCAAGUGUCAGGCGACGAGGAGACAGCCAACGCGAUAAUAGCGGCCGCUCAGGAACAAGGUGGUGCAUUUAUAAAAGUGGAGUCCGGUGAAAUGUACAGAGUGGAGUCUGUAGAGAGUAAAACUGAAGAAGAUAGCUUUAAACUGGAGACACAGUCGGCGAUGAUUUUGAAUGAAGAUGGACAAUUCCGGUGUUUAAUGUGCGAAAGAAACGAAAACAAAGGAGAGCCAAUAUUUGUGGGUGAUUCAGACGCCACUAUGGAACACUUAAAAAGCUACCACUCCGCCAGGUUGUAUAUCUGUCGCAUCUGCGGCCAUAUAGAGAGAAAGAGAAGCGACUAUGUGCUUCACAUGGAGGAUCACAACGCCGGCACGAGCUCCGCACAAGCGCAUCUGAAGGGAAAGAUGCACGAAUGCGUCGUAUGCGAUAAAAAGUUCCACACCAAGGCGCUCUUGAACGGGCACAUGAACAUGCACAGCGGGUCGCGUCCAUACAGCUGCACUAUUUGCCGGAAGUCCUUCGCCUCCAAGUAUACCUACCAGUCGCAUCUCAAGACGCAUCUUGACCGCCCACGACCGUUCAAAUGCCAGCAAUGUGACAAAUCGUUCUUCACGCCGCAGAAUUUGUCGCAACACGAGAAAACGCACUCCAACGUAAAGGACUUCGUGUGCAACUUAUGCGGUAAGGCGUUCGGCACUCAACACAACUUGGAAGUACACGGCGUGGUGCACUCCGGGAGCAAGCCUUUCGUCUGCGAAAUUUGUAGGAAAGCCUUCGCGCGGCGCGCUGAAGUCAGGGACCAUAUGAGAAUACAUACAGGCGAGCGGCCCUUCAAGUGUGACGUAUGCGGAGCUAGCUUCACACAGCGCUCCAACCUGCACUCGCACAAGCGCGCCACGCACCUCGACGACAAGCGCUACCACUGCACGCAGUGCCCGAAGAAGUUUAAACGGAGACGUUUACUGGACUAUCACAUAAAGGCGUCGCACACGGGCGAGCGACCGCUGGUGUGCGAGCUCUGCCACGCCACCUUUGUAUACCCCGAACACUAUAAGAAGCACGUGCGCAUCCACAGCGGCGAGAAGCCCUACACCUGCGAGGUGUGCGGCAAGUCGUUCAACUCGCGGGACAACCGCAACACGCACCGCUUCGUGCACAGCGACCGCAAGCCCUACGAGUGCGUCGUGUGCGGCGCCGGAUACAUGCGCAAGCAGCUGCUCUACCACCACAUGAACACCAGCGGUCAUUUAGCAGAGUCGAUAGUUGUGAAUCAGCCGAGAGUUACAAAAUUAGGUGAUAAUUUGGUGGUAGAAAACACGACGGACAAGUUCGUGAUACCCAACAACGUCAGCACUAUAUACACAACUGAAGAAUCAGAAAAGUUGGCACUUCAAGACAAAAAUCGUAAAACCAGUAUAAGUCUAGAUUCACAGAGAGAAGAUUCAACUUUAUUAGCUAUACGGAACGUGGAGUCUGAAUUGAAGGCUGGAGAUACGAUAUUCGACCACUUACCUGACGAUGAUGUAAAUGAUGAUCAGUCAGCUCCGAUCCGGUUGGUGCCGAUCGAGCUACCCGACGGUAGCAGCGGCUGGGUGGCCAUCAACGCGUAGAGAAUAACAAAAGCUUGGGUUCUUAUCAUUAUUUUGGACCUUUUCCGCACUAGGUCACAAAGCUGGCCGUUGUGCGAAGGUCAUUUGGUCCUAGAUGGAUUAUUACAGCAGCUACAAGACAAUGUUUUCAACCUUUUGUUGAUGUGACUAGGAGUCGUACAAAAAUUCUUGAGUCUUCUAUUGAUGGUUGAAACAUGGUAUGUCAUCAUAUUUAGCUCACUGUUGAGCACGAGUCUCCUCUCACAAUGAGAGGCUAAUAGCAGACCAUCACGUUAUAGAGCAACAUAUGCCUACUUUUAUCCCGAAAUAUAAUAUAAUAUGAAAUCUUUUUAUUAUUUAACUUUUAUGUAUUUGUUAAAACAGUGUAACAGAUAUUUAGGAAUAUACCAAAAAUUUUCUGAAUUGACGGGAAUCGAACCUAUGCCUCUUUGAUUAUAGAGGCCAGAGUGCCUUUCCAAUUAAACCACUGCCUGAAAUUAUACAUGAUAUUACAUAAUUAUAUAGAAUCUUAGGUAAAGUAGGUAAGUUGGUUUUUGAAACCACGAUUUCUUUAAUAGCAAGGCUAAGCCGUCAAACAAAUGUAAAUAUCAUCAUCAUCAUCACUAACAGCCUAUAUUCGGCUCACUGUUGAGCGCGAGUCUUCUCAUAGAAUGAAAGGGAUUAGACUAAUAGUCCAGCACACUAAACCCACUGAAAAGUUGGAUAUGCCCAUAGUAAAUACAAUUAUUAGGAAAUAUCUAAAAAAAUAUUACUGUCAUAUUGAUUGUAAUAUAAUGAAACAUCCUCAACGAUAUAACUUGGUAAUUAAGUUAUUUUAGAGUUAAAAUUAUGUUACAAAAAAUUAAAUCAAUUGUUUUUUAUUUUUAUUUGUGUUGUUGAUAAAAAAUUAAAGCUUUUUUUAUGAAA